AUGCUGUCCCUUCGCUCCGCCGCAGCUUCUACCAAGCCCCUCCAAUCGCUCUCCGCACGGUACUCCGUCUCGGUUCUGCGAGCCGGUGUCGUUGCCUGCUCCCCCUCUCCUGAGCUCGACCCGAGCACCGUCGUCCAACUGCGGAGCAACAUCGGUUCCAAGCGCGAGGCCCAGCAGUACCUGUCCCACUUCACCUCCGUUUCCUCCCAGCAGUUCGCCGUCAUCAAGGUCGGCGACCCUGUCGCUGGCGCGCAAGCUCUUCUGGAGGAGAACAUAAAGUUGGCAGAGGAGCUUGAGCGUAUGGGCGUCCGUGCUCGGCCUAUCACCGCUGGUGUGUUUUCGGCCGAUUAUCUGGACAAGCCCAAGUAUAAUCUAGUGGGUAAGAUCAAUGGCGUGGAGAAGACUAUUGAGCCGGUCAUUGCUGCUGGCUGCCUGCCCAUCCUGACGAGAGCCCCAACACACUCAUAUUACAAGGAGGUGAUUUCAUGA